CACCUCUCCAUGAAAUAGUAAUAAAUAAUAAAUAACAAUAAUAGUGAUAAAAUCAUGGCCGAAACAACCACCCCAGAACACCUCUACCACGUCCUCCUCACAACUUCACACAUCGGGAAAAACCCUAACAACGUCGUCGAGAAGGUUCGCAUCCCGGGGACAUACACCUCCCUCCUCGCAGCAAAAGCAGCCGCGCACAGUUGUCUCUACGAGGCCGGCUACGAACGGGACUGGUUCGAGCACUACGAGACCAAGCACUCCCUGCUCGAGAAGCAGAACGGCACGCCGCAUCUGGUCGUCUACGCCACUGCACCUGAUGGAACAGCGUUCCGGGUGCGGAUUGAUACGACGCUGAAUGAUAAGAAUCUGACAAGUGAUCUUGCGGAUGGGAGGGUUGGGGUUCCGCUUUAUUAUGUUGUCCAGGCGGCUGUGGAGUAUACGGGGGAUGAAGGGGGUGUGGUCCGGGAUAUCACGGUGCAGGGGACGUUUGAGAGUUAUGAAGAGGCGAGGGGGCUUGCGAGUGCUGUGUUGCUUUCGCAACAGGAUGGAGUUACGAGGGAGAGCUUUGCCGAGUAUACGGAGGCGGAGCCUGGUGAGAGGGAUUGUGGGUAUGGGGAUAAUGUGAUUGUGCAUGCGGCGUCCGAUUAUGGGACGAAUUACUUGGUGAGUGUUAUCAAGACUCAGGAGCUGGAGGCUGUGAAGAUUGCAGAGGCGGCUAUGAAAAUUGGUUGAGCAGAGUGUGUAUUUGAAGUAUAUCAUGUUUGCUAUUUGAUGGUCAUGUUGUGCCACUUCCUGAAUGUAUUC